AUGAUGCGUACGGCCUGCUUCAGAGCUCUUGCGCCUCUCGCGCGCGGGUCUUUUCUCACGCCUACCAGGAGCGGCGAGCGCGCCACAGUGGCAGCGGCGCGGCGCGUCUCCUGCCGUGGAUACGUAACACAUAACCCUAGCCAUGAUCAGUGUCGUGGGCGGCGCGGAGCGCGUCCACAAGGGCAGCAGCACGGUUACUCGGCGUCAGCGCUGGGUAGUGCGUCACAAGUCGUCACUGGCGCGGACUCGAGUGCAGCGUCGUCAUCCCCGCACGCCCGCGAUGCCUUUUAUGUGUUCCUUCGCGCCCGCAAUGCACCCUUCGGCUGCAGCGGCACCACUGCAGUGUCGCAGCCGGCCAGCGACCCUCUUUCCCCCACCGCCCCCCUCUAUCCUCAUCCGUCUUCUCACCUCCACCCGAGCGCGCAUGGUCUUGGUAGCGCCGCGCGAGCUGGCGCUCCGGUCGAGGAAACACGCUGUGCGAGGGGAGGCGCCGCGCGUCACACAUCCAGCGACGGCACGACAAGGCGAUCAUCUUCGCCGCCGCCACCGUCGUUAUCCUCGCGACUGUCCGCCGGCGCCACUCCUGAAAGGGCUCUCGAGGAGCCGAGGAAACAACAGCAGACGCCGCUCGAGGCGGAGGCGAGCCGACGCGGUGCCAGUGCUCCGCCGGUGCUGGGCGAAUGGUCGUUGGACCCUCCGGAGGCAUCGACAAGGAGGGCUGCCGCGCAGGGCGGGCCGCGGAGCCGCGAGCAUCGAUCAGAGCGUGACCACAAUGAUGUUGGCACGGACGGAGAUGCGAAUGGCAGCAGUGCCCAACGAGGCAGGCUGCCGGACUUCCGAGAGCGGCGACGUCGCAGUCUUCAGCGGCGAGGUUAUGAUGCCCUCGAGCUUGCGCGGCGCCACACCUCCGCGCACAUUGCGAAUCGACGCCUGCGCGAGUACGAGCAGACGUGUCUGCAUGCGUACCGCAUCUUGAAGCAGGUGGAAUGGAGCCUGGCUGCCUGGGCCCGGGUUCGGCGACAAGGACAACCACAGGACGCCUCCGGACGCAACCGCAGCAGCCGCAGCGGCAGUGCUGGCGAUGGCGCGUUGAGCGCGCAUGCGGCGCAGUCGAUGGAGGGACAAGGUGCUACCGGUGCAUUCCGCAUCCCGCCCACCAGCGAGGAUAUCGACGCCGUCGACGCACGGUUUUUCGAGUACGCUGGGCAGAUCCAGCGCACACUGCAUCAGCUCACCCCACGCCAUUUUGAUGCCGUUCGCGACUACCGCCUGCGAGUACCGUCACGCAGCAGCUCCUCAUCAACCGCGGCGACCCCGCCGUCACGGCCUCGACGCGCAGAGGACUCGACUUCUUCCGCGCCCGAAUCGUUGGGAGCUGCUCCGCGACAACUGCUGCUGCUGCGCUUACUGUGGCGCCUGGUACACAUCCAGCAGCUCUUUUUCAGCAUUGGCCGCCGCGCCUCGCUGCCGCGCACCGCCGUCGACGUGUACGUGCAGUCCUCCAACUGCCAGUACGGCAUCCGCGAGGUGCUGCGCGUGCUCGGCAGCGAGAUGGCGCGGUGGACCCUGUCAGCUGAUACCCAUCCCCACUUCCACAGCCCUUGCGGUCAGCAGUGGCGAGAGCACGACGGCCGUGCAGCGUCGCCAUCUUCUUCCGUUGCCCCACUCUUCUCUAAUAAGGAACUCUUCCAACUCUUCUACGCUGUCCUCUGCAUCCCUAGCGAGGAGGCCCCUGGUGUUCCGCUGUACGAUCCAUCUAUCCACAGCACAAAGCCUCGACACGGCGGUGUGCCGGAUUGGCACGCAGCAGCCUCCGCCUCCGCUGACCUCCCGGAUGCUGCACUCGAUCAGUUCCGGCGGGACUGCAUCGCAACAGGCGCCGACGACUUCCGCAUGCCGCUGGACGAGUGGUGUGUUCGUUGGUGGUCACACCAGUACUCGGCUGCUGGCCGGACGGGUGCAGCGGGGGCGCCACCGCUGUCGAUGGGGGAGGCCAUGGAUGUACUCCAGGCGUGCAUGUACGCGACGGCGAGCGUACAGGUGCUGGCGACGGCAGCCCUGCGUCACACCGCACAGCAGCGGCACCAUCCACAGCAGAGACUGGUGACUCCAUUCAUGUAUUUCGAGACGCCACCGCAAGGUGCCACCAACGGUGCCCGCCGGCCUCGCACGAACGCGGCGUCUGCAACCGCAUCGGAGGACAACGACGUCGUCGAGGAGGCGGAGCCGUCGCCGUUGCGCGUGCUAGACCGCCGGUAUCGCCCGCAGCUGCCCGGCGCCUUGGGCGGCAAUCGUAUGGCGCUGCGUAUUCCAUAUCACCUCGGCCAGCGCUAUGUGGAGGUGUUCCUGACGUACCUGCUGUCGAGUGUGUCUGCCGGGCCAGAUCCCAGAGAGGCAAAAGAGGCGGCGACAAUGGCGACAGCGACGGUGGCGGCUGGUAUCGAGCAUCUUCUCCGUUGCCGCGACCGCGAUGCCGUGCGCGACGUUGCGCUGCUGUGCACGGCCAUCCUCUUCUUCGAGGUCUUCUCGCCCACGACGGCUGCCUUCAUGGCGUGCGCGGCGCCGCUGUUCAGAGAGCAAGUGGAGCUCCUCAGCGGGCACGAGAUCAGCUGUGUGCUGCUCGCCUAUGCAUCCCUGCAGCGCUGGGAGAGGGCAGGCGGGGGUUGUGGCGGUGGCGCCUCUUCCCCGGCUAGCGGCUUCAGUGCGAAUGCCGAGGUGAGGGCAGCGGGUCGUCGCGGCGGCCCGCUUGACGACCCCGCCGUGGCUGUACAAAGUGCGUCCACCGCUGCUGCUGGCCGCAGCGCAUGCGGGGACGCUUGGCGCAAGGGGGCGCCGAGGGCAGUCGCAGCACCAGAGCCCUCGCCACCACUGCAUGCGGACCACCAGAGUGAUGCCACACGAUCGUCGUCGUCGUCGUCGUCGCGUGCACAGGUGUCAACGGGUCCGCAGUUCCCAUCUGAUGAGCCGUGGCAUCUUUUCUACGUGACUCUCGCCUCCCGCGCUGGCCAGCUCAGCGACACACUCAGCGAGGAUGACGUGACACGUGUGCUGCGGGCGAUGGAGCUGACCGGGAUGGAGCAUGACGACCUGCGUCACGCGCUGGAGUCGUCUCUGCGGAUGCGUAACAUGGGGCGACGUAUCCUUUAUGAGGCUUAA